AUCAUUUUAGGUGGGGGAACUUGCACAAUCGGUGGCUGACUAAAUACUUUUUUGCCCCACUGUAUUUGGUCUUAUCAUUAGUUUUUGUCAUUGUCUCUCUUUUUCCCCUUAUUCUCUUUCCCCUCAACCCCCAAACCAGUCGAGGCACAUGCCUGCCCCUUCCUGAUACUGGUUCUACAGUGUGUCUUUUCCAGUUAAACGAGGUUCCUUACUUCCCACCAUCAUGAAGAGUUAGCUCACAGAGGGCUCAAUCAUUGGGGUUAUAUUGUAUUGUCUUUACCUCCAAUUCAAAUGUCUUGGGAUGUUGCAAAUGAUUAAAAGCGAUAGCUUGGCAUUCAAAUGCCAAGUGUGAACUUCUGCAGUUGUCCAGUUGUGAUCAGAUUACUAAAGACAUGUUAAUGCCACACAUGACCUGAUUUGUUUAUUUUUAACCCCAAUUCUAAAAAUUUUAUGUCAUCUUACUUUCUUAUGCAGGCUUUUUCCUGUAAGAAGCCUCUGUUGUGCUCUAAAAAUGGUUGACAUGACAUGAGCAUCUGGAAGUACAUAAUGGAAUUUGCCUCUUUUCUGUCAUGCUAGAUGAGAUGGAGAAGAGGCAGGUCUCGACAUGUCCUUUUCUCUUCUCUUCUCUUCUCUUCUCUUCUCUUCUCUUCUCUUCUCUUCUCUUCUCUUCUCCAAGUGUAUUAAAAACUCUGCUGACUUGAAUCAAUGCUGCCCCCCCUUGUCCUAUCAUCAAAGUAAGAUGUAAAUGAAUUAAAGCCUUCUGGUAAUAAGCAGGGAUUUGAGCAGAGUCUUUGUUUCAAUAUCCCAUGUUAGCCAAAAAAACUGGCGUGGCUCCUGCAGAACUGGAUCGAGGUCCCAUCAUCCCUUUAAAUUCUAGUCAUUCUUAGCUGGAAAAGACUGUGAUUUGGGGCUUUCGGAGCUUGUUCCUCGCCUCUGAUGGUGGUGUCCUUUCUCCACUGGCAAGAUCAGAGUGCUUCUGUGCAAUUCUAAUCAGUGCAGUGGAGGGGGAGAGGUACGUUAAGGUUAGAGAGGCACUGCCAGAAAAGAGUGAGUAUGUGUGCAUUUUAUUGAGAGAGAAAGAGGAGCAAGAUAUAAUGGGAAGGGGUAGACAGACAGACGAUGAGUCGAGAGAGAAAGUGUGCGUGCGUUUGCAUCUGUCUGUGUGUUUGAGAACGAGAGGCAAGGAGCGAGACAGAGUGAGGGAGGGUGCAAGCCAGAGAGGGAGAGAGAGGCAGAGGGAGGGGAAGUGAUAUAGUGGGAGAGAGGUGGUUACGUGGAGCAGCACCCCACUUCAUCAGGCAGCAUACGGCAGCCCUGCAGUGCGAUCACACAGUAUGGGUAUGGGGCUAUGAGAUUGAGAGAAAGAAAGCUGAGAGAAGCGAGAGAGACAAGAGGGGGGGGGGAGUUACAAAGAAGAGCUUGAGGGAUUUGCUUGGAUGAGAAGGGGGGGGAUGAACAGUGAGUCUGUUGGCUGUCGUGGAUGUGAGAAGGACGUGGCGGCAGUGGCUGAGCUUAAGGCAGAUCGUUGGUCUCCUGUGUAGAAGUAGCCAGCGUGAGGACGCUAUGCCCUGUGAGCAGUGAGGGGUAGCGUGUGUGAGCCAGGAGCAGCUGCUGUGACUGCAUCUGCGCUGCCUGCGUGUCUCCGACAGGCAGGGGAUGCAGCAAACCUCUGCCCUGAGCACAGAGGCUGCUAGCUGCACCCAGCAAGGGGAAGAACCAGGUGGGCUGGGGAGGGAGUGGGGGGCGCCUGCCUCAGGAAGGAGCUACCUUAACCGGCACUGUGGUCCUGCAGUGAUCCUCGCUUCAGAGUCAAGAGGCUCACCUGCCAUCUGUUGGAUCUGAACCUGGAUUUACUGCUUUCAGAGAUGAGAAGCACGUUCUUUGGCUUAGCCGCACAUCCAGCAGCUUGCUGAAAAGUGUGAAUGUGGGCAGCACAGGGAGCACUGGUACCACCAAGGACACUGAGCCUUUUUCCUUUGGCAGACAGCUUACCUGGAGCUUUAUCAAGGAAUCUAAACUUGGAUUUUAUAAUGAAUUGAGGAGUUUGGAAUCAGCACACUGUGGAAAGCCUAAGCCAACGUUUCUUUGAUGUAGGAUUUACAAUAUGUCUACCUGACCGUACUCCGUGUGGCUGUGGAGUAAGGACGAAAUAUGAUUUAAGCAAAUGUCUAUUCCUUGAUCAAAAAUUACACGCGUACCUCAACAGUACUUUAGAAUGCUGCUACCUUCAUUGUAUGAGCCUUGUCCUAGCUCUCAAAGAGGUUGACCAAUGAAGCCAUGGGACUCAGCCAGAGCUUUACAAAUGGGGCCUGUGGUAAAGCCCUGGACCAGCCGGUGGGAGAGUGGCUGGAGCACGUGGGGCUGCCGCAGUACGAGAGCAAGCUCCUGCUCAAUGGCUUUGAUGACCUACGAUUCAUGGGAAGUAACGUGAUGGAGGACCAGGAUCUCAGAGACAUCGGGAUCACUGAUCCAGGACAUCGAAAGAAAAUCCUCCACGCGGCACGCAACUUGCCCAAGGUAAAAGCACUGGGGUGUGAUGGCAGCACAUCUCUUGCCACUUGGUUGGAUGGCCUUGGUCUGCAUGAAUAUCUGCCCAACUUUCUUGCCAGCGGCUACCGCACACUGGAGUGUGUUAAGAACCUGUGGGAACUGGAGAUCAUCAAUGUUAUUAAGGUUGGUCCUCUGGGUCACAGGAAGAGGAUCAUUGCCUCUCUAGCAGAGAGACCCUAUGAAGAGGCUCCAUCUAAGUCCCGUCGUCUGUCUCCAAUUAUGUUCCAUGACCUCCUAUCCCAGACCACAUCUCCCCUGAGUCAGCUGGACCCCUACACCAGUCGCUCCAUGGACAUGCUCCUUCCCCUGACCGAGUCAGAUCGCAGGCGAAGAGGAGUCGACCAAGACUGUAGUGUAUCUCUGCGUUCUUAUAGCGAGAGGCCACGUUCUGUAGACAGACACAGCGACCGGCAUAAAGAGUCUCGUCUAAACCUCCGGCCGCCGAGCCACUCUGCUACCUAUGCCACGGUCUCCGCCUGGCAUCACCAGCCUGAGAAACUCAUUCUGGACUCCUGCGGGUACGAGGCAACAUAUCUAGGAUCAUUGAUAAUCAGGGAUCUACGAGGGAUUGAGUCCACACAAGAUGCCUGUGCAAAAAUUAGGAAAUCCAAGGACUCCAAAAAGGGUCCAGUUGUCAUACUGUCCAUUACCUAUAGAGGUGUUAAGUUCAUCGAUGCAGCCACAAAGACUAUAGUAGCAGAACAUGAGAUCAGGAACAUCUCAUGUGCCGCGCAAGACCCAGAUGACCUCUGCACAUUUGCAUACAUUACCAAGGAUCUGAAGAGCGGCCACCACUUCUGUCAUGUCUUCAGCACUGUGGAAGUGACACAGACCUACGAGAUCAUCCUAACGCUGGGACAGGCAUUUGAGGUGGCUUAUCAGAUGGCGAUUCAGUCCAGGGCGAGACACUACAUGCCUCCUUCAUCUCUGGGCUCUGAGGUCAUAGACACCAAAACCAGCCGUCCUGUAUCUCAGUCCUGGAGCAGCAUGCGAAGAUCAGCAGGUGCCCCUCUGCUCGAAUGCCGCUGCUGUCACUGUCACACGUGUACUACCCACCGUCCUUCCUUCCUCCCGUUGCACUCUGUUAGCCCUGGAGUCCAGAUCGACCCCCUGGAGAUGGACCCAGACAUGCAGUCCCUGGGCAGCACCACCUGGCUCUUGGACCAGCGGGACGCCAACAGGCGCCCUGUCAGCACCAACCUGUCCUGUCUUACCAGGCAUCUACCACUGUGAAGCACUAUGAGGAGGCUGCUUUGAUAGCAUGGGAUGCAAGAUGGACAAUUAAUCAAUGAAAGACAAAACAGCAACAUGCAGCAAACAACUUGUGUUUUCUUUUUGUUGUUGUUGGGGUUUUUUCUACGCAUUUGUACAAUACUCAUAGAAAGACCACAAGGAAUCGGUCACGAAUCUAAUCACUGAUGUCUGGACUCAAAACGGACCAAAAACUGAGACCUCGUAAACUCACACAAAUACACACAUACACACCCAGAAGGACAAUAUCAAGGACAACAGCCUUACUUCAUUACGGUUAUCUAUAAUCAACUAAAAUCCCCUGACCUGCCCGAACACCACCACCCAACAACUGCACGCCUCCACCCUGCUUCUAAAAGACUUUAAAGGCAAAAAAAGAAAAGAAAAAAAGGCAACACUUCUUAUUUCCUGCUGUAUUUAAACUGACUGUGACUAGCUGGGAUGACGUUGAUGCAGAGAUGGUACAGUUUUUGUCAGGAUGAGUCUUUGCUCUGGCCUUGUACUGCCCAGUGCCUCUCAGCAGUCGUGGUAGCACUGAGAGCCUGAAAAUCACAGCUUCUUCUUAUUGUCAGUUUAAACAAAGAAAAAAAAAUGAAAAGGAACACUGUGUUUAAAAACAUGGCACUAUCCCUUUGUUUUCUUUUUUUCUUAUGGUGCAAAUUUGACAUUCGUGGAUUUUUGUGAUACUUUUUGAUAGACGGGGCAUAACUGAAAUGUGGGUUGGGGGGAAUGAUUACGAAGGGAUUGUAAAGAAUCCCAACAUUACUACCAGAGGCAAAAAAAAAACCAUAAACAAAACGUAAACAAAGUUUAAAAAAGAAUAUUGGGUGUAUUAAUGAGCCUCUAGCACAAUCUGAUGCACAUAUCCCGUCAUAGCAUCUUAUUAUCAUGAUUACUUGAGUAGGUAUCCAUGCUGUUUCACUCCAGUUUAGAAUUAGGUACAGUACAUGCAAAGUGUGUUACUUUGAGGGGGUGAAAAGAUUUUAUUCCACUACAUUUAAAGAGCCAAAUCUAAAUGUUGCUCUGGUGUCGUGUUAAUGCGAGUGGAUUUGUAAUGCUGAGAGCGUGGUACCAUUUUUGUUUUUCUUAAAAGAUUUUCCUCCUGCACUGUGACUGAAAAAAAAAGGUCGUCGUGAAGUCGACACAUAUCUGUGGGUUCUCCCCUGUGUGCACUACCUGCUGUGCGUGCUGUAUGCCUUGUUUCUGUCUGUCCUCAUGGGAGUUUGGACUCUUACAUCAUUGGCCACUGUCCUUGUUUUUUGUGUGCUGCGGGAGAAGUGAAGGAUUGAGCUCGUGGAGGCUGACUGAUUUUAUUUUUUUUAUUACGGUGUAACCGGCCUGCGUGCGGUACCGUGGCUGUGUCAUUGCCACUCUGUUUCUGACUGUUAACUGUUAGCUUCCACUGACGAUUGCAUGUUGGCAGUGUGUUUGUGUUUUCGUACCCUUUGAUGCACUUGGCCUGAGCAGUCUCUCUGUAUGUACCGUAGCAGUGUCUCGUCUCCUCUCACUCACCUGCCAUUCGCUUUUUACGUUCCCUCUCCCCGUCACACGCCAACUCAGCGCUUCACCCUCAUUUCGUUUUGCCAUCGUCGUCCAACAUUUUGUCACGUAUGUUCUCCCAUUCUGUGUGUCACCGAAACAACCUGCUCUAUUAUGGAUGCACAAUAUAAAAGCAUUACACUUAAAUGAGCAGCAAGCUAUUUAAAGCAAGUUUUGGUGGCAUGAUAUCGCUGUGCAUGUAACCGCUCUUUUUAACAUUGGUGUUUUCCUUGUGUAGCUCGCCCCAGCGUUCAAGUUUCCGGAUACCAAGCUGUGAGUUGAAGGGGAGCAGCCGAUGCGAGUGUGUUUGUGUGUGUUGAGUUAUAGCGGGCAGAGCAGUGUGAAAGAGCUAGAGAGAAACUGAGAGGUAAGCCUUAUGCAAUGUGCAGGGCCAAACCAGCGCUUACUCUGACAUUUAGAUCUCACUCCGUAUAUCCCCUGCUCCUCCACUGCCCCUGAGAUGAAUCCCAACACAGACUAAAAGGUAAACCGGUAGUCCCACAUCACUGGCUAAACAGGACCUGUGUAUCACUCCUGUCUUGAGAAAGGUCACUCAGAAAGGUCAAGUCUAUUUCCUGGCCUCCGUGUGACUUUCUGAUCUUGUUAUGUAGGUACUGUAAUGUUUAGAGCACUGUAGACUAUUAAUGAUAUAGACCAUUAAUGAGCAUUUCUAUUGAUUCAGGUCUAUUGAAAAUGUGGGAAUUAUUAUUAAAGGGUAACAAAAUGUAGAGGAAAAGAAAAAAACUGUACCAGCAUACAAUGCUUUGCCCAUGUUUCUGGACAGAGUAUGGUUUGUCAAUGAAAAUGUGAUACUGUUUCAAAUUUCAAAGCAAUAUUAUAUUAAUGACAUUAAAUAAUACAAAGACUAAAGAAUCCCUCUCACGUCUGUUGUCAGCAUUGAUUUCUUUUAUAUGGCUGAGUAGUUAAAAGCAGAAACAUUACACCAGCUGUUUAAAAUUUAAAGUGACAAAUACAACAAACAUGGUAAUUAAUGUACAAUUAUACUUUCACUCUUUCUCCUGCCAAAGAGAUUAGUGGGUGGUGCAACUUUUUAUUCUAAACAAACGAUUAGCCCCCAGUCUCUGUUUCUCUCAUUUCUCUAACUGCAUUCAAGUCAGAGCCAAGCAUCCAGGUGCCUGGUGAAAACACACACACACACACACACAUCAGUAUUCAACACAGUAAACGUAGCAUUUGCACAACAUGAAGAAACAUUUUUCUGUCAGGUAUAUGUUUAUCAGUUCUGUUGGGACGUAUAGCAAAGUCAAAGUUAAAUGAGAAUUGCCUGUCCUUUUUUUGCAUGUUUUUGCUAACCGUAUGAAUACAAUUCUUCAAAACUGGCAUUGUUUUAGAAAUGUUUUAUUUUAGCUACAUUCCAGCUAUGGGUAUACAUUUAAUUUAAAUAGAAAAUGAAAAGCUGACUCUUUAAAAUGCAUGUUGGGUCAUUCUGCAUAGCUCUCAAACCUAGCAGCUCAGUCACACUACAGUAAAGCAGGAAAAAAAAUUGCCCAUUGCUUUGUGUUUGAAUCCAUUCGUUUAUUCAGUUUUUGCAACUGGAGACCGAUUGACUAUAGUUGUGGCGACCAAGUGGUCAACCAGAGGUUGAGCGUGUAGCACCCUAAACCUCUGGACAAGCACACUGGACUGCAAGACGACUGCAUUGGUCACCGAUAAUCGCCAGAAAGUCAAAUAAUUGCCAUUUAAUUUAUAAACGCAGACAGACUGGCAAACAAUCUGAGUUAGUCUACUCCGAUGAGUACAACCUGCCUGCUGUCCUGCAGCAACUAUGUGAGUAUUUGAGGAGGAAUUUCAAAUCUAUGAGGGGCUUGCUGGGCCCCACUGAAUAUAAGUUAAUGUCGGUUUCUGUUUAAUGAGAAUUCCUGAAGCAUUUGAGAUUUUCACUCAUUUAUCACAUUUAAUUGCUGUAUUUUCACAAAUGCAAUGUUACUGCGAACUUAACUCCAGUCAGCCACAAACUGAUAGUGGACUGGCUGUGCUGCAGUAAGAUUCCAACGUGAUGCAAUAAUUUUGGUCGUGUCAUGGUCUCCUACCACUGCUUUACCUAGUGUGACUGUAGCAUGAAGUAUUA